AUGAAACGAAGGCCAGGUGUAUUGUAUAUAUUUAAGUAUUGCAAGUGUGAUAUUAUAGAAAAAAAUUAUGAUCUUGCAAAACAUUUGACAACCAAGAAGCACAGAACAGCAUCAUCAGCCUUUUCAACUUCUAGGAAUCUUUCUAAAUUUAUGAAACCUGAAAAAUCUAAUAAAUCUAACUCUGCUGAAGGUAGUUUGAGCUUAUUCAUUGCUGCCCAUACUUCAAUUUUACCAGUAAAUCAUUUGGGGGAAACACGUAAAAAGGUAUUUCAGGGUAGUGAUUCUGCCAAUGAAUUAAAACUACAUCGAUCCAAAUGUACUGAUAUAAUUGUAAAUGUUUUGACUCCACAUUUUAAUUAUGAUCUUUUAAAUAGUAUUGGCAGUGGGCACUACAGUAUUCUUAUUGAUGAGUCUACAGAUAUAAGUGUUAUUCAAUUUUUGAGAAUCACAAUUUUAUAUUUUAGUAAAGAAACUGUUGAAGUAGUUUCUACUUAUUUAACAUUAGUAGAAAUCACUACAUGUGAUGCAGUGUCCAUAACAAAUGCAAUAUUAAAUACAUUAAAAAUUAAAGGGUUGUCAAUAAACAAACUAGUUGGAAUAGGUACAGACAAUGCGUCGGUAAUGGUUGGUAUCAAUAACGGUGUACACCAAAAGCUUAAAGAACAUAACUCCUCUUUAAUAUUGGUACCAUGUGUGUGUCAUUCUUUACAAUUGGCUGUGUCUGCAGCUGCUAAUGUUGCAUUACCAAGGCAUAUUGAUUUUUUAUUCAAAGAAACUUACAACUGGUUUGCUCAUUCAACUUUAAUGCAAAAUGAAUAUAAAACUUUAUGUAAGGCAAUUAAUGAUGGACAUAGUCUAUUGAAAAUUAUUCAGGCUUGUGGAACCAGGUGGCUAUCAAUUGAAUCAGCUAUAAAUCGAAUACUACAGCAAUGGGUUGAACUAAAAUUACUUUUUCAAAUGGCACGAACUAAAGACAAAUGUUACACAGCUGAAAUACUUUAUAUCUUUAUAAUGACCAACAGAAUUUUGUUUAUUUAA